UGACACGGAGACGAAGGAUUGCUCUUCUUUAUCUGGUGUUUCCUGUAGUUUACUCAACAGUUCUGGCAGAUAGAGACGGUCUGUAAGGAAGACAUUCGACACGUGCACUGGUUUCUCUCCGCCAUGAAGAUAAUUGUAUGUUUGUUGUUGGUUGUGUACCUUUCGACACUAUCAGAGGGCGCGGUGAACUCCUGUCCUGCGAAUGACGAUACAUUUUAUCCUUCCGCCAAAUGUUCCUGUGUGAAAGGUGAUCUUCUUUGUCAGAAUCUGACCGAAUGGCGCCAACUCACAUCAGAGUUAGAGCUAAACAUCGUUACUAUUACAGACAGUCAACAUCUUGUCCUCCACAACAACACUUUUGAUAAGUUGACUGUGGAUAGGUUGACGAUCUCAAAUUCCAGAAUCUCUGAUUCGAAAAUUCAUUUGAACGCCUUUGGCGGCCAGGUAAACGACCUUGACUUAAGCCACAUACUUGCAAAAAUUCCACAGGCCGUUAGGUAUUUGAACAACUUAAAAGGACUAGAUGUUUCCGGUAAUGCUAUUUCGGGUUUUGACGAUGUUGAACAGAUAGAGACAAUGAAAAAGCUCGGCGAUUCACUUGUAAGGUUUUCAUUUGGAUCACAAAUGGACAUUGACCAAUGGCCAAAGUCACUGAAACAUUUCCCAAGACUUGAAGAGUUGAACUGUACUGGUGGGGGUUUUUCGCUGAUGCCCAUCGAUUCGUUCUAUGGUUACGAGAACACCCUGAAGAAGCUAAAUAUCAGCAAUACUCUCCUUUACUCUGUUCCUUUAGCGUUUGGACGGCUGCAGUACCUUACGGAGCUUACACUUAACCAUAAUAAUUACAUUGGCGACUACGGUAUGAAUGUUCCCAUAGUCAAAACAGUCCUCACGCACUUGUCCAAAAUCGCACUCGAUGAUGAUAAUAUAACAACAUUCCCAGCUAUUCUUGGACAAUUCUCAAACCUAACAGCAAUUUCCAUGAACGGAAAUAACUUAAAAUUUGUGAGUGAGGAAUCCGCGAAAAACAUACACAAGACAACACAUUUGAGUCUUCGUAAUUCCGGAAUCACCCGAAUCCCAGGCACGCUUCAGUACAUUAACUCUUUAGUAUCCAUCGAUUUAUCCAAUAACGGAAUCCAUACUAUUGAAAGAAAGGAUUUGCAAAAGCUCACCAAUUUAAAGGAACUCAAACUGAACGACAAUCCGAUUAUUUAUCUGUCCGAUAAUGCCUUUACCAAGUCUGAACAAGUCACUUUGGUCGAAAUGCGCAACACCAAUCUCACAAACAUCCCGUGCGGUGUUAAACUUUUAAGACUUCCAGAACAUGACGUCACUCUUGAUCUCAAAGGUAACAAAAUCGAGUGCACAUGCGCACUUCGCUGGCUUUAUGAGUGGAGGAAUGGUGAUAUUAAUAAAAGAAAUCAUAAACUGGACGUUUUGGGAGAAUGCGUGACAAUUAACAGUACUCUGCAGCAUUAUCUAGAUGAUAACCUGGCCAGCUGCCCAUCGUACGACCGUUGCUCUAAUGUGCGAUAAAGUCAUGUUAUGGGAAAGUCAGUGUCAAUGAAAUACAUUUUGAAUAAACUUAUAUAAAAUUGAUUCCAGGCGUGUUUUAUUUACUUGUAAAACUAAAGUAAAGAAAUAAAUUCUU